AUGCCUUCUCUAUCAUCGAGAACGAGUCGCAGUCCCAAUUCGAACGCAGUCAGCGGUCCCUCUUCAUCCACCUCCUCAAUGGAUAUGGAUACCCAAUUAGCUCCCCUUCCAGAGAUUAGAAAGCGCUCGCGUAACUUGGCUUUGGAUUCAGAUGACGAAGAACCACAGGCUCAGAGAGUCAGAGCCAAUCAUCCAAAUUCAACCGAAGAUAUUGACGCUGACAUGGCUAUCGACACGCCAGCUAGAAACGUAAUGGCACCUCCUCGCAGCAGGCCAUCUCGAUUCCGUUCUGGUCACCGUUCUGAUCUCCGCAAUGGUCGCCGCACAAUAUCUAGGCGGGAACAAGAGCACAUUUCAAGCACUUUCGCCAAUAUCGGUGCUCCUACUCCCGUUGCAACCCAAUCAACUCCAGUUAGCUAUAUCUCGAGAGCUAACCAGACCACUCACCCAAACGCAACCAGUCAAUCUCAUGGAUCUACUUCGCAAAGACGCGUGUAUGAUGAAAAUUCUGAUUAUGAUGUUGAUACUAGUGGAGAUGAACGUCCCCCAAAGAGACGCAGAGGUGCACGUCAAAAUUCUGUCCAUACACCAGCCGUCCCCAUAGAAAAUCGUAAUGCAGAAGCUGUUGCACCACCUACUUCAAAUGAAGCUUCGGUCGUCGAAAACCAGGCUGCGGAGACUGCUUCAUCAGUAGUUUCAAGCGUGCUUUUAGCAAUUGAGGCGCCAUCAAAUCAAAAUACCUCGACACGUGGGGAUACACCAUACAUUGAUCUCACGUUGGAAGAUUCGAGCGACGAAGAAGAAAAUGAUGCUGCGGUGCCACCAGCCCCAAGUGUGCUUCCAGCCGUCGCAGCACCGCCUAUUCAAAAUUCUCAGCCCAACGCAGCCCCGACAGUUGUUGAUCUCACAUUCGAGGGUUUCAGGGAUGAGGAAGAAAGUACAGCCACUAUGUCCAAGGCGUACGUUGGUGACAGAAUUGUAUUGGUAGAAGAGAAACGCCUCGAACCAUUUCUACCAGAGCCUACCGCCAAGUUCAAGCGCUUGCUUGAAGAUGCUCGAACUCAGAAGCUGUGUUGUCUUGAACAAUGGUGGUCUAUAUUAUACGCUGUUCUCGGUACCAGCGGUAAUGUGUACACGGUCAGCAUACGACAGAAGCCAACUUGCAAUUGUUAUGAAGGCAGAAGAGAUAUACUCUGCGUUCAUAUUGUCUUUAUUCUCACGCAGUACCUGGAUUUGCCAGCGCCACUUCGUCACCAAACUACCUUCUUGGAGGCCGAGAUUAGAUACAUGAAGGAAGAUGAGAUCAAUCGGAUUGGUCUAAGGUCAACCGAUAAAUUCUGUGAACAAAAGUCAGUCGAGGAACAGGAAACUUGCCCCAUCUGCCUUGAGAAUCUCGAAGACGAUGACUCCACGUGGUGUAGAGGCCAGUGUGGGAAGAACUUUCAUCUGCAUUGCAUUUUUAUCUGGGCCCACACAAACUUUCGGGAAGGAAAUCCCGACAUCACAUGUGGAAAUUGUCGCGCACCGUGGAUCUGGAUUGAGCAUCAGCUAAGGGGAUUUAUUGAAAUAACGUGGAAUCUGCAAUUUGGGGUCUGCGACUACGAUGAAAGAUAUUGCUCCUUGAGUGAACUCCUAAGGAGGGACGUGAGCCAGGAAGGGUACUUAAAUGUAGCUGAGAUCCUGGGAAUUGACAAGACUGUGAAGGACGAUGCAGAAGCCCGUGAAAGCUAUCAACGAGUGGUUGACAGAUGGAGAGCAGAGAUGGUGAGGCGACCUACUCCACUUCUAGAUGAAGUGAACGAUUUCAUAGCCCGCUACCAUCCUGGGGUGUAUAGAGACGUUCUCGAUGUAUUUUGCGAUGAAUCGUUUGACGAAAACAGUCCUAGAGCCAUCAGGGUCUUGAAAACUGUGGACCUUGUAGAAACGAAUGUCGGGAGGGUUUUGCAAGGAUUACCAACCAUUGAUAAUGAAAUCAUUAGGGACUUACACCUAUUAUGA